AUUUUCUUCCUUGUUCUGAGAUUCAUUUAAUUAUUUGGGGAGACUUGCACUCCCCAAUUGUUGUCGAGGACUGCAGUCUGAGCUGAAGUCAUUGCGUUGAUUGAUUGAUGUUGUUGUGCGUCGGAAGAGCAGAAAUUUGUGUAAUUGCGGUUUGGAAUAGUUGGGGAUAGAGUUGCAGCGGCGGGGAUCGGAGGUGCAGGAAUGGCCGGCGGCGGUGGGGGAAGAUCGCUUGAACAAACGCCGACGUGGGCGGUGGCGGUCGUUUGCUUCGUCCUGGUGGCGGUUUCGAUUGUGAUUGAGUACAUAAUUCAUUUGAUUGGAAAGUGGUUAAAGUCGAAGCAGAAAAGAGCAUUGUAUGAAGCUCUAGAAAAGGUCAAAUCAGAAUUGAUGCUGCUGGGGUUCAUAUCGUUGCUUUUGACGGUUGGGCAAAGUCCAAUUUCGAACAUAUGCAUAUCGAAGAGCGCUGGUAACAGCUGGCAUCCGUGCAGCAAAAAGGAAGAGAACAAGCAGGAAGACGGCAAAGGAGAUGAACACCGCCGGAAGCUUCUCAUGGCCGACGCCGGAGGUCCUUUCCGCCGAAUUCUCGCCGCCGGCGGCAGUGACAAAUGCGCCGAGAAGGGGAAAGUUCCAUUUGUAUCAACAGAUGGGAUUCAUCAACUGCACAUAUUCAUAUUUGUGCUCGCCAUUUUCCAUGUCCUUUACUGUAUUGCGACGCUGGCCUUGGGGAGAGCUAAGAUGAAACGCUGGAAAUCAUGGGAAAAAGAAACCAGAACUGCAGAAUACCAAUUUUCACACGAUCCCGAAAGAUUUCGGUUUGCCAGAGAAACAUCAUUUGGGAGGAGGCACUUAAGCUUCUGGAGCAAUACUCCCGUUCUUCUCUGGAUUGUUAGUUUCGUUAGACAAUUUGUCAGGUCUGUCCCUAAAGUUGAUUAUCUGACUCUACGCCAUGGCUUCAUUAUGGCACACCUGUCUCCAAAUACCCACAACAAAUUUGAUUUUCAGAAAUAUAUCAAUAGAUCGCUUGAAGAGGACUUCAAAGUGGUGGUUGGAAUUAGCCCUCCGAUUUGGCUCUUCGCGGUGCUCUUCCUGCUCUUCAACACCCACGGCUGGUACUCCUACUAUUGGCUACCAUUCAUUCCAUUGAUUAUAAUAUUGCUAGUGGGAACAAAACUACAAGUGGUUAUUACAAAAAUGGGACUUCGGAUCCAGGAGAGAGGUGAAGUCGUAAAGGGAGUCCCUGUGGUCCAGCCCGGCGAUGACCUCUUCUGGUUCAAUAAACCGCGCCUCCUCCUAUACCUCAUCAAUUUCGUACUUUUUCAGAAUGCAUUUCAACUGGCCUUGUUUGCCUGGACUUGGUACGAAUUUGGGUUACAUUCAUGCUUCCAUGAACACGUAGAGGAUAUCGUGAUCAGAAUCUCGAUGGGGAUUUUGAUACAAAUACUCUGCGCCUACGUGACACUCCCGCUAUACGCCCUUGUCACUCAGAUGGGAUCGACGAUGAAGCCGACGAUAUUCAACGAUCGUGUGGCGGCAGCGUUGCGCAACUGGCACCAGACGGCGAAAAAACAUGUGAAGCAUCAAUCCCGGCUGAGCUCGGUGGCAGCAACCCCGAUGUCGAGCCGGGCAGCGACUCCAUUGGGCAGCUUGUCCCCGGUCCACCUCCUCCACAAGCACCGCGGGGGCGGGAGCACCGCUCCAGAGAAUAAUAUCGACAGCCUACAAGGUGGCUCUGUGGUGGCGCAACGGUCGCCGUUGGAUGAUAAAAUCGACGAUGAUGAUGACGAUAGGCUGUUCUUCAACGACACUAAAGAAGGCGAGCACCGGAUUGAGAUGGAGGCAUUGCCGCGGGAGAGGUAUAGAGUUAGUACUAUUGAUGCUGGGAGUCUUAGGGAUUUUUCGUUCGACAAGAGAACCGCCCGCCGAUCCUGACCGUUCAUUCGGAUCGGAUCGGAUCGGAUCAUCAGGUAGAUUAUAUAUAUAUAUAUAUAUGUAUUAUUUCUUUUAUUCCAUAUAUAUAUAUAAAUCUUUUUUAAUAGAAUGGAUAGAUGGAUAAUUGUAGUUAUCGAUCACACACAUUCACUGCUGACGAAAACAAUCGGGGCAGGAAUGAACGAGUGAUAAUAUAUGUGUAUUAUUUGUGAAAGAAUUAAUAUUAAUUAAUUAUUGUAUAA